AUGGCUUUGGUGCGGGUAGGGGAGGUUGCAGGCGGUGGGUGGCAGUGGCGGCCAGUCUUAGGUGAAAUGCCGGCUGCUCAUCCACUGCCUAUCGCCGCGCCGGCCGCCGCCUCCCGCCAUUCGCUGUCUCUCGCCACCGGUCGCUGUUCACCGUCCACCGGCCACUGUCUUCCAUCGCCGGCGGCACUCCUCCCGCCUCCCGCCUCCCGCCGCCUGCCUCCCACCGUCGGCCACCAUCUUCCGCCGCCGGCCGCCCUCCUCCAGCUAUCAUCUGCCUCCAGUCGCCAUCUGCCUCCCACUGUCUGCCCCCGCUGCCCGCUGUCCACUAGCUACCAUCUCCUGCCGCUGGCUACCCUCCUCCCGCCGCCAGCCGCCAUGGGCCCCCACUCGCCGUCCAACGACCAUUGUCUCUCGCCGCCGACUACCCUCCUCCUGUUGCCGACUCCCACCAUUUGCCGUCUCUUGCCGCCGAUUGCUAUCUCUCGCUGUUGGCCGCUGUCUCUCACCGCCGACUGCCCUCCUCCCGCCGCUGGCCGUAGUGGGCCACCAGCAGCAGUGGGCCACCACUCGCCGACCACCAGCCAUCGUCUCCCGUCGCCGACCACUCUCCUCUCGUUGCCGCUCGCCUCUCGCCAUUCGCUAUCUCUCACCGUCGGCCGCUCGCCUCUCGCCAUUAGCGGUCUCUCACCGUCGGCCGCCCGUCUCCCGCCAUUCGCCGUCUCCCGCCGUCGGUCGCCGUCCGUCGUCCACUGGCCACCAUCUCCCGCCGCACUCCUCCCACCGCCUCCCUCUUCCCACUGCCGGCCGAUGCUCGCCGUCCACCAGCCACUGUCUUUUGCUGUCGGCUGCCCUCCUUCCGUCGCCGUUCGCCUCCCGCCAUUUGUCGUCUCCCGUCACCAGUCGCCGGCCGCUGUCCACCGGCCAUCGUCUCUCGCCGCCGGCUCGCCUCCUGCUGUUGCUCGCCUCCCACAGCUAGCCGUCGUGGGCCGCUGCCCGCCUCCACUGGCCACCGUCUCCCGCUGCCAGUCGCCCUCCUCCCGUCGCCACCCGCCUCCUGCCAUUUGCCAUCUCUCGCCGCCGACUGCCGGCCACUGUUCACCGGCCACCUCCUCACACCGACCUCCUCACGCCACCGACCUCCUCCCACGGCCGACCAUCUUCUCUCACCGCCGAUCGCCCUCCUCUCACCGCCAUCUACCUCCAUCGCCGGCCGCCGUGGGCCACAGCCCGCCUCCCCCUGCCGACCACCGUAGGUCGCCGCCCGUCAUCCACUGGCAGCCCUCCUCUCGUUGCUGCCCUCCUCCCAUCGCCAGUCGCCUCCAACCGCCGUCCUUUGCACUGGCCGCGAUGUCGUUCGCCACCGCCUCCCCCCGCCUUCCACCGCCCGUCGUUUGCUGCCACCGGUCGCCGCCUGCCGUCCACUCGCCAGCCACUUGA